AUGAAACCGAGGUCGUUUUAUUACAGUUUUGUGGCACGGGGAACGACCAUUUUGGCAGAGUAUUGCGCUUCGUCUGUCGAUUUUCGGAAAGCUGCACUCGCAUGUCUGGCGGAGGUACCUCCGGAUCAGAGCGUGUACUCUGUCACUCGUGGACCUCACACGUUCAACUGCAUAACAGGAGGGGGAUACAACUAUUUGGUCGUGGCAGAUGAGGACAUCGGGAGCCAGAUACCUUUAGUGUACCUGGAGCGCGUGAAGGGGGAGUUUCAAAGGAGCUAUGGCGGAAGCAGGGCGAGCAAACUGGCCGCGCACAGCUUGGACGAUCAGUUUGGUGUUGUGUUGAAGAUGCAGAUGGACUUCUGUAUGGAGAAUCCUCAGGAAAUGGACACGAACAUUCAGUCGAAGCUGAGAUCCCACGUUCUGGAAGUCAAAAGCAUCCUGAUGGACAACAUUGAUCAGAUUCUCCCUCUGGCACGCACGAAUACUGAUGCCGACGCCAUCGCGGUGCGCGCCAAGGAAUUCUACGAGAAUCAAAAGCGCCGUAGAAGGAAGAACAGGUGUAAGAUCGGUAUGAUUGUGCUCUUCAUCUCUCUGCUUUUGGGCAUUCGCCUGAUCCAUUACCUCGGGGAAUGA